AAGACAUUAUUUAUAUCACCCAUGCAUGGUUGAGCUGAGCACAAGAGAGCAAAAAUCCCAAAAGUGUAAAUGCAAGCGUGUGCGCGCAAUAUCGAUCCUCAGUAGUAUUCUGGGCUUUGAAACAAACAUAUCCGAUCCAGCUAGGGAGCUGAGAGGAGAUUGUUCAGUAUCUCAGCAUGGCGACCUCGUCACCGCUACCACGCUGGGCGCCGACGCCGAGCCCGUCUCGGCCACUGUUUGCGUCGUCAUCAACUGCUGCCGGCGGCGGCAGCCGCAUGCUUCCCCCGUUCGACGCCAUACUUGUAGCCUUACGCGGUCGUGGGCGUGCCGCCUUGACGGCAGCGGCACAGCCACCGUCGCCGCCGCCACCUGCCGUGGUCGAGGUGGAAGAAGAAGCAGGCGCCGUGGGUGGCCUUCGUUCUGGGUUUGAUGGCAUAGACCGCCACCUUGACGGCCCCAUGGUGGAUGGCAUCAUCGUCCCUCGCGACGGUGGCGUGUUCAUAACGUGGGAGGACGUUUGGGUGACGGCGGUCGACGGCAGGGGCCACGCCGCCACCAUUCUGCACGGCCUCAGCGGCAGUGCGCGCCCUGGCGAGGUGCUGGCCAUCAUGGGACCCUCAGGGUGUGGCAAGACCACACUGCUCGACACCUUGGCCGGGAGACUGGACACCAACCUGAGGAGUAAAGGAGAUAUUCUCAUCAAUGGCCAGAGACAGAAGCUCGCCUUCGGAACCUCAGCGUACGUGACGCAAGAGAACGUGCUGAUGGCCACGCUCACGGUGCGUGAGGCUAUCUACUACUCGUCUCAAAUCCAACUGCCGGACACCAUGCCGCUUGCCAAGAAGCUCGCCCUCGCCGACGAGACUAUCCAGGAGAUGGGGCUCACCAGCGCGCUGGACACGCGCAUCGGCGGCCGCGAAACCAAGGGCAUCAGCGGCGGGCAGCGGAAGCGGCUGAGCAUCUGCCUGGAGAUCCUCACGCGGCCACGGCUGCUAUUCCUGGACGAGCCCACGAGCGGGCUCGACAGCGCCGCCUCGUUCCACGUGAUGAACCGCAUCGCCGACCUCGCCGUCAGGGAGGGCAUGACCAUCGUCGCCGUCGUGCACCAGCCAUGUAGCGAGGUGUUCGAGCUCUUCCAUGGCCUCUGCUUGCUCGCCUCCGGACAGACCGUCUACUUUGGCCCGGCUGCUGAUGCCGCUGAGUUCUUCACAUCGAAUGGCUACCCUUGCCCACCAAUGAGAAACCCCUCAGACCAUUUCUUAACGACAAUCAACAGAGAUUUUGAAUCGGAAAAUGAAGAAAGGACAGUAUUCAAGCCAUCUGCAGCAGACGAAGCAAUAAGCAUUUUGAUGAAUGCCUAUAAAUCCUCCAAUAUAUCAGAAAAUGCCAAAAAGGAAAUGCACGACAUAAAUGAAAUGGGUGGAUUGAUGAUGAGAAGAAACCAAGCCAGUUUCCUCACCAAGGUGUUUGUACUCACCAAAAGGUCCUUUGUAAACAUGUACAGAGAUGUCGGAUAUUACUGGUUGAGACUCGGCAUAUAUGUUUCGAUAAGUCUAUGCCUUGGUACCAUAUAUUACAAUUUUGGCUAUGGAUAUGACUCUAUUCGUUCUAGAUCAUCAAUGCUAAUGUUCACCGGUGGCCUUCUAACCUUGAUGGCAAUUGGAGGAUUCCCAUCCUUCGUAGAGGAAAUGAAGAUAUUCAGGAGAGAGAGGCUAAACGGACAUUAUGGUGUGUCAGCAUUUGUGAUCUCCAAUUGGCUAUCAGCCACACCCUAUCUUGUCCUUAUUGCUGUACUACCUGGUGCAAUUGCUUACUAUCUGUCUGGUCUUAAGAGAGGAGUAGACCAUUUCAUAUAUUUUACUCUUGUCCUAUGUUCGUGCACAAUGCUAGUUGAAGGCCUUAUGAUGAUUGUAGCUGCUAUCGUGCCAGAUUUUCUAAUGGGUAUCAUCACUGGUGCUGGAAUACAAGGUGUCAUGAUGCUUAACAGUGGAUUUUUCCAAAUACCUAGUAAACUGCCAAAGAUAGUUUGGAAGUACCCAAUGUUCUACAUCUCUUUCCACAAGUAUGCGCUCCAGGGAUUUUACAAGAAUGAAUUCUUGGGUUUAGUUCUCCAAAACAACCCAGGAGUAGGAGAUAAAACAAUAACUGGCGACCAAGUGAUCCGUACCAUAUUUGAAACGGAAAUGGGCCACUCAAAAUGGGUGGACUUUGCAGUGCUAUGUGGAAUGAUUAUAGCAUAUAGGCUACUCUUUAUAUUGAUUAUUAAGGUUGUGGACAAGCUAAAGCCAAUAUUUAAGGGUGACAUGUUUAGAUGUCCUACUCAAUGUAUUUGUGGCAUGCAAAACCCAUGUAUCCACCUUUAGUAUUGUUAUGCAAGAAAUGUUGUAAUAAGUUGCUGAUGCUACUGAAGACAAAACAAUUACAAGAUUAACUCUAAUAUAAUAUUUCAUA